AUGAUGCGGUACGGUUUCUUUACAGUAAUAUCUCUGAUCUACUGGAAAAAGCCGGUUGAGUCGGCCAUUGUCAUGGCGACAGGUUUUACUCUUCUGUUCAGUGUUGGGUGUCUUUCCUUGAUAUCAGUCUUUGCCUACAUCUGCCUUGCUAUCCUUUGUUGUACUGGCGCCGCACGCGUUUACUACGAUUUGAUAACUUCUAAGAGAGACGAGACUGCUUCCCCUCCUUUCAGUGACUGGCUCAUCAAAGAUAAAGAAGCUUUGCGGCAGCGCGUUCACGACUACGUAAACGAUAGGUUCGACAAAACGGAGUCUGCUAUCCAGGAUCUGAGGCACUAUCUCCUAAUUGAAAAUUAUGUGGAUUCCCUGAAAGCAAGUUCACUAUUGCUCUCUUUCGCUCUGCUCGUGUACCUUCUAUCAAUUCUUGGCGGAUUUUUCAACUUGAUCACUCUUGUUCUAAUCGGCUUUACGCUGAUCUUCACUGUACCGAAGAUUUACGAUUUGUAUCAUGUGCAAAUCGACAAGUUUACUGAGAAGCCCAAACAGGAAUUGCGUAAGAUUUGGAGCAAGUGA